CGACGCGUCGACGCGUUUCGUUCUCGCGUUCUAAUUGGUCUUUAUCUAAUAUCGAGAGAUCCUCAAAAGGGAUCAAUGUUGCUGAUAGCCAGAUACUACUGAGGCCAAGUCCAUCCACCGGGAUUGACGUCGCCAGGAUGGAUACUGAAGCCGUCCAGGUCGGGCAGAAUGUCCAGGUCGUCGAUCCCGAAGUUCGCGCCUAUGUCUACUCUCUGGUCACUGCGCUCGGGGGCUUUAACGGCGUGGAUGCGGACAAAUAUGUUCUGGGAGACGAUGCCUUCGCGUGUCUGCGGGACAUCAAACGAUGGCUGAAAUUGUACGAUACGAAGUCCAAUCGCAUGGACGUGGCGCGAUGUCUUGGAGAGGCCAAUAUAGUGAACGGAGACCUGGUACCGAUUUUAUCUCUGUGGUGGGAAUCGGGCCAGAAUCAUAAGCAUAUGACAAGAAUCGCGUUAGCAUGCUUGGAAUUGCUCGUCCCUCUAACAUGGCCUGUCGAACCGCACAGCCAGAUGACCGUCAACCAUCAUCGCCAUAUGCCAUAUCUGCAGCAGGUACAAAUUCAAUAUAAGCGGGGGUUGCUCGACCAGAGCAGCACCGGCAUGCUUCGGGCAAUUAUCAAGUUAGGCCUGCCUAGUAUGGCUGUUCCGCGGUCGGAACGCACAGCUCGAGACGAGGGUAUCCUCAAGCUAAUUCUGUACCUGUUUCGGAAUCUUGCAACCAUCGCGCCAAAUCCUCGCCUAGCUGCUGAGGGCGAAGAAGAGGAGACAUCACGGUCUGCAACCAUCAAUGCCUUCCAGGCUCAGGACGUUUUCGCAUUACUGCUCACGAUGUGCUCGAACAUGGGGGAUGACUUCAAUACUCAGGACGUGUUUCUGCUGGAGAUAUUAUUCCACCUCAUCCGAGGAGUUAAUGUGGAGAAACUCUUCAUGGACGAUGCUCAACGCAAGGCGAAGCGAACAGAUGAGCUUAGCGAGUUGCUAGGCAAGGAAUCCAGCAAGAAAAGAGAGUACGCGAAGAACGCACCAACCAGACACGGCCGUUUUGGAACCAUGAUUUGGGUAAAACGAGACGACGCCAAGGUCUCUACGGUUUCGGGACAAGAUACCCUUAAAGACGGCCAAACAACGUUAUAUAAAAUGGAUCAGACCAAAAAGUGGAACAAACCGCGACAGCAACGCAGAAAUGAUGAUGUCAAUUUGAAUAACGAUUUCGAUACGCCCGUCCACCUCAAUUCGCAAGCUACUGGGAAUCUCCGAACAUUUGUAGAGGAAUUUCUGGACUCCGGCUUUAAUCCUCUUCUUACGCACGUGCGAAAGGCCAUCGAGCGUGAAGCCGAUCGCGUUCUUGAUAUCCACACUCCGCAAUUCUUCUAUGUGAUCUCCUGGUUCCUGCAAGCCGAGCGCGCACGGCGUGCCCGUCAAAAGGAGCAGCGCGAGAAAAACAAAAGUACUUCGAGAGAGAUUGAGCCAGACAGCUUUUCCCUGGUCGCAGGGGUUCUCAACCAGGAGACUUUCGUUUUCCUGAAUCGUGCAAUGCAGUACUUCAUGGACCAUAAGGAGUGGCAUGACCUUAACGCGUCCAUGCGUUGCUUUACACAGAUAUUGUUGACCGUACAGGAGAUGGCUCUUUCAUCACUCGAAGAGGACCAGGAAAUCGCCGACAAUAUCCAGAACCGUAUCUUUUAUGAAGAAACUACCCAUGACAGGGUUCUAGCUAUCGUGCGCGGCUUCAAAGACCAAGGUUUUGGCUACUUGGAUGCUUGCACAGAGUUGUGCCAUGUCUUCCUACGUAUGCUAGAGCGAUACUCGAAGGAGAAUGUUGACAUGCAAGUAAGGUCGCGCCGGCGUGCGAGACGGAAGAAGGCAGAGCAAUCUGCAAAUCCCACUGACGAUGGUGGCAAUGACGACGAGAAUGAAGAAGAUGGCUCCGAGGCAGAAGAGCUCGCCGACGCGGCUAGAGUAUCGAAAGAGCGAAAAUUCGAUUUUAACCGUUUCGCCGCCAAGUUCUGCAAUCAAAAAUCCGUCGAUACAUUUGUGGCUUUCACGAAGUUUUAUCGGGAGCUGGACCAAGAACAACUGAAACGUGCUCAUCGUUUCUUUUACCGUGUCGCUUUUAAGCAGGAGAUGAGCGUUCUAUUGUUCCGAGUUGAUAUUAUCAACCUAUUCUAUCGGAUGAUUAAGGGACCUGAAGGCCUCGACAAGAGUAAGCCAAGCUUCCGUGACUGGGAAGAAUUCGUGAAACAAGUGAUACGGAGAUUGGUCAAGAAAAUGGAUCAACGCCCAGCCCUCGUUGUUGAGAUGCUGUUCAGCAAAAUAAACGCGACAUUGUUCUACCUGGAAUACGGUUACGAAAGACAGACGCUAUCUGAGAGGAGAGCCCCCGCUGAGCUGGAAGUCCACCCUCAGGCUGCUUCGACAAAAGACGACCAAUUAGCCGUAGUUGUUUCGGCUCUGAUGAUGGAUGGCCGAGGCGAUCUUGUGAAGUGGAUCAGCGACGUCCUUGGUUCAGCAGCAGAAGAGAGGGGCUCAUGGGAAGUUCAGGACGAAGCUCGACGAGCAGAAGAUCCUGAUGCUUCUGCAGCACCGAAUCCUAUGAUUAGUAUCAAACCUGCCGACGAAGCCUGUCGAGCAGCCAUGUUUGGUAAUGCCAAACUUCGUCUUCUGAUGAACCUAAUCGGGCUUGAACGGCUCGGACUUGAAGAUGUCCCUGGCACAUCCUGGGUUGUUCCGUCUUCGUUCACGGCAAAAGCGUUACAAGAUAUCAAGGACACGAUUGAAAAGAGUCGAAAUAAUCCUAUGCAGGAGGUCAACGGAGAAGAUCCUCGGCACCAGCUUCGGCGGAAAGUGAACAGAAGCACCAGAGCCGAUAGCCAAGGGCCUAUGGAGGUUGAUUUUGGAGCCGACUCGGAAGGUGAAGAUAUCAUUCCUGAUGGUCCUCUAUUCCCUCCGAAUAUUCGGUCGAAGUCGAAUGUACUGGAAGAAUUAAAACAGAAGCGACGCAAGCGGCGACAGGGCACUGAGGAGCAUCAACCGCUGGAUGAUGAAACACUAGAAGCUCGCCGUCGUACCCGCGAGGCCAAUGCCUUGGCACGGCAAGCUAAGAUCAAGAGUGAUCUAUAUAUCCAUGCCAGCGACGAAGAAAGUGAUGAGGACGCUGAUGAAGAAUUCUUCCGCCUGGAGGAGGAACGAAGAAAGGCUCAAGCCAAGCGGAUCCGGAAAGCUCUGCUCACCGGCAUCGUGGAAGAUCCAGCGGAAUCGACGACGACCAAAAAGAAGGGCGGGAAGAGAAUGAGCACGGAUGGUGAACAGGAGGCUAGCAGCGUAGGGCGUAAACGUCCUCGGCCCAGCAUAUUUGGAGGAGGCAGUGAUGAUGGUGAGAGCGAUGAUGAUGUCCUCAUGACCGUGGCCGAACAGUCGCCUAGCCCUCCGAGAGCAGGUUCCGCCAGCAACGAGGCCGUCGACAAUGAAACGCCGCUUACUUCAGCCGAAGAUGAAAUGGACUUUGACGACGAUCUCGCUUUCAGCAAAGAAAGGCGGAGUCAAACAGCUGCCGAAGACCGUUCAUCAGCCAAACCACAAGCCACUGCUGUCAAUGCAGCUACCGUCGAUGACGACGACGAUGACGAGGACGCACCAAUUGUAGCACCAUCGCGCAGACAAAUGAGAGGGGGCUUCGUUGUGGACAGUGAUUCGGAAUAAUCGUCGCUAUCAACAGCAAUUCCUUGUAUACAUUUUAGUGCUACGACCUUUCAUGAAGCAUUGGGAUAUAACUCGCAUGGCGCAAGGACUGGAUAUUGUUUGAAACUAGGGUUAUGGCAUGGAUGAAUCUCAGGAAGGGGUUAAUGGAAUUGAUGAAAGCGCUCUCACUAUUACUGCCGUUAUGGAUCCCUUUCUAGUACUUCUCCCAUUCUCGUAGCUCUCAAAAUGGAGUAUACGCAGGCGACUUCAUAAAAAUCAAG